AGAAGAAUCUGUAAAAAAGAAUCUCAAGAACACAAGCGAUCUCAAACGACGACAAUGUCCGACUCUAACUGGAAAUCUCAGCUGAGCGCUCCCAAGAAGGACACGCGCAAGAAGACGGAGGAUGUGGAGUCGCGCCGCAACGUCAACUUCGAGGAGUACGCCCUCCGCCGUGAACUGCAAAUGGGCAUCUUCGAGAAGGGCUUCGAGCGGCCGAGCCCGGUGCAGGAGGAGGCGAUCCCGGUGGCCCUGCAGGGGAAGGACGUGCUCGCCCGCGCUAAGAACGGCACCGGCAAGACCGCCUCCUUCGCUAUCCCGGUGCUGGAGAAGGUCGACACCCAUGAACCCUACGUGCAGGCGCUGCUGAUGGUACCCACCCGCGAACUCGCCCUGCAGACGGCCCAGGUAACGAAGGAGCUGGGCAAGCAUAUCCCCGGCCUGGAGGUGAUGGUCACCACCGGCGGUACCACCCUGCGCGACGAUAUUCUCCGUCUGACGAACAAGGUCCACAUUCUUGUCGCCACACCGGGCCGCGUGCUUGAUCUCGCCAGCAAGAAGGCCGUGGAUCUCUCGCAUUGCCACAUCCUCGUUCUCGACGAGGCGGACAAGCUGCUGUCGCAGGAGUUCAUGGAGAUCAUCGACGAGCUCUACACCUACCUCCCGUCCAAUCUGCAGUCCAUGCUCUUCUCGGCCACCUUCCCGGUGACAGUGAAGAGCUUCGCCGAGCGCCACCUCAACCACCCGUACGAGAUCAACCUGAUGGACGAGCUCACGCUGAAAGGCGUGACGCAGUACUACGCCUUCGUCGAGGAGCGUCAGAAGAUCCACUGUCUCAACACGCUCUUUAACAAGCUGCAAAUCAACCAGUCGAUUAUCUUUUGUAAUAGCGUGAACCGUGUGGAGCUGCUCGCCAAGAAGAUCACCCAGUUGGGCUAUAGCUGCUACUACAUCCACGCCCGCAUGCAGCAACAGCAUCGUAAUCGCGUCUUCCAUGACUUCCGCGAGGGUCACUGCCGCAACUUGGUCUGCUCCGACCUCAUCACCCGCGGUAUCGAUAUCCAGGCCGUAAACGUCGUCAUCAACUUCGACUUCCCGAAGUUUGCGGAGACGUACCUGCACCGUAUCGGCCGCUCUGGCCGUUUCGGUCACCUCGGUGUCGCUAUUAACUUCGUCACCUACGAUGAUCGCUUUAACGUAUACCGCAUUGAGCAGGAGCUGGACACGGAAAUCAAGCCAAUUCCGGCCGAGAUCGACCCGGAACUGUAUGCCUCGUAG